CAGUUUAAAUGCUAUUUAGUGAAAUGACUUAAGUUUUAGUGUUAUUUAGUGCAAAUAUUUUCAUAUAUAGGUGAAUGAUAUGAGACAUGAUGAGGAGAAUCAGGGCGGCGGCGGCGGCGGUGGCGGUGGUGGUCUUCCGCCGGGGUUUCGGUUCCACCCGACGGACGAGGAGCUGAUAACAUAUUACCUGAGCAAUAAGGUUUCUGAUUUUGGUUUCUCUCCCAUUGCCAUUGCUGAUGUUGAUCUUAACAAGUGCGAGCCUUGGGACCUCCCAGGGAAAGCAUCAAUGGGAGAGAAGGAAUGGUACUUCUUCAGCAUGAGGGAUCGGAAGUACCCGACGGGUUUAAGGACGAACCGGGCGACAGAAGCCGGGUAUUGGAAGACGACGGGCAAGGACAAGGAGAUCUUUGGCGGCGGGGGCAUGGUGGUGGGGAUGAAGAAGACACUGGUGUUUUAUAGAGGAAGAGCUCCAAAGGGUGAGAAGACCAAUUGGGUUAUGCAUGAAUAUAGACUUGAAACUAAGCAUGCCUUCAAACCCCAUAAGGAAGAGUGGGUGGUUUGUAGGGUAUUCCGGAAGUCCAAUGCAAUGAAGAAACACCAAAGAGCUUCAUCACCUUCACCACAAGCCCUAGAGUCUCCUUGUGUCACAAACACAACCAUAGCCAACAAUGAACUAGGAGACUUUGACAUCCUAAAUCCCAACACUAUGGUGUCUUCCUCAUCAAAUGGUGGUGGGAUCAACAAGAUCAACACUUGCAUGCAAAACUACUACAACAAUGAGAACAGCACUACUCUCCCUUUGCUCCCAUGGCCACCAACACUCCUUAGCUCAAACCUUUCAUCAAACCUUUCAUCACUCAAUACAUUGCUCCUUAGAGCAUUACAACUUAGAGGCAAUAGCUUAUACCAACCACUAGUGGAUCAAAACCAAGACACAACAAGCAAGAGGACUAGUGAUUACGUGUACAUGUCGCAAGGAUUGGUGGACAAUACCAUCUCGAAUUUCGGUGAUGUUUCGAUGGACACCACGAGUAAUUUCGCGCCGAUAGAAACCCCUACUUCUAUGUUCUUAAAUUCUGUCAAUAAUCAACAGCAACACCAACCAUACAAGGAUUUGUCCAACAUGUGGUGAUCGAUCGAGGUUUCAACUCCUUUUAUUCCAUCUCUCUUGGAUUUAAACACAUGCACAUUUAUCUUGUAAAGAUACUAGAAAUUAGAGUUAUAUUGUUGUAUUAUAUAUACUAAUACAAUACAAUGCAUGUAUAUUUAGCUAAGAAGAGACUAUAUUAUAGAUGGCUUACACAUAAUAGUGACAAUAUAUUACCAUGUCUUUG